AGCAUGUGGAGGAGGUAAGAAGAGGAUUGAAGCUGAGGACAGUCAGCUGUCUGAGAUACGGCGCUAAAGACUUCUCCACCUGGACUUUCACAUUCACGACCAUGGGAUUUAUCCGGGGAUAGCGCGGUGUGGAACUUAACGUCUGUUCGCCCAGUCUCUCGCAUCUUGUUCUUUCGUCGUUCUCCUUUGCGCCAGGUGCUGUGGGAGGAGGGCAGCCAUGUCGGACAAGAUGUCCAGCUUCCUCCACAUUGGGGACGUCUGCUCCCUGUAUGCCGAGGGAUCCACCAGCGGCUUCAUCAGCACUCUGGGGCUGGUGGAUGACCGAUGUGUGGUGCAGCCGGACACCGGUGACCUCAACAACCCACCCAAGAAGUUCAGAGACUGCCUGUUCAAACUGUGUCCUAUGAAUAGAUACUCGGCACAGAAGCAGUUCUGGAAGGCGGCGAAGCCGGGCGGCAACAGCACCACAGACACCGUGCUCCUCAACAAACUCCACCACGCUGCAGACUUGGAGAAGAAACAGAACGAGUCAGAGAACCGCAAGCUGCUGGGGUCUGUCAUUCAGUAUGGCAACGUCAUCCAGCUGUUACACUUGAAGAGCAACAAGUACCUGACCGUGAACAAGCGUCUGCCAGCGCUGCUGGAGAAGAACGCCAUGAGAGUGACUCUGGACUCGGCCGGCAACGAGGGCUCCUGGUUCUACAUCCAGCCCUUCUACAAGCUGCGCUCCCUGGGGGACAGCGUGGUGAUCGGAGAUAAGGUGGUCCUCAACCCUGUGAACGCUGGGCAACCCCUGCACGCCAGCAGCCACCAGCUGGUGGAUAACCCAGGAUGCAAUGAGGUGAACUCGGUGAACUGCAACACCAGCUGGAAAGUGACGCUCUUCAUGAAGUGGAGUGACAAUAAGGAGACCAUCCUGAAAGGGGGCGACGUGGUGCGGAUGUUCCAUGCGGAGCAGGAGAAGUUCCUGACGUGUGACGACCACAGGAAGAAGCAGCACGUUUUCCUCAGGACCACCGGCCGACAGUCAGCCACCUCCGCCACCAGCAGCAAAGCACUCUGGGAGAUCGAGGUGGUCCACCACGACCCGUGCCGCGGGGGGGCGGGCUACUGGAACAGCCUGUUCAGGUUCAAACACCUGGCCACCGGCUGCUACAUGGCUGCAGAGGUGAACCCAGACUUUGAGGAGGAGCCUGCCGAGCAGAGGUCCUCAGUGGCGGACUUUACACCUUUUAACUUCCAGCUGGACACGGAUCACGAGGCCCUGCGUGCCCGUCUCCGGGCGCCCCAGGGGAAGGUGAUGUACACGCUGGUGCCCGUCCCCGAUGGCAUGGAGAUCUCCUCCAUCUUCGAGCUGGACCCCACCACCCUGAGGGGAGGGGACUCCAUGGUGCCCAGGAGCUCGUACGUGAGGCUGAGGCACCUGUGCACCAACACGUGGGUGCACAGCACCAACAACCCCAUCGACAAGGAGGAGGAGAAGCCUGUCAUGUUACGGAUUGGGACCUCGCCAGUGAAGGAGGAUAAAGAGGCGUUUGCCAUUGUGCCCGUGCCGCCCGCUGAAGUGCGUGAUCUAGACUUCGCCAACGAUGCCAGCAAAGUGUUGGCUUCUAUUGCCGGGAAGCUGGAAAAGGGGACAAUCACACAGAAUGAGAGGAGGUUUGUGACCAAGCUGCUGGAGGACUUGGUGUUCUUCGUGGUGGACAUCCCCAACAGCGGGCAGGACGUCCUGGAGAUCAUGGUGAACAAGCCCAACAGGGAGAGGCAGAAGCUCAUGAGGGAGCAGAACAUCCUCAAACAGAUCUUCAAGCUCCUCCAGGCCCCGUUCACGGACAGCGGGGAUGGCCCCAUGCUGCGGCUGGAGGAGCUGGGGGACCAGAGGCACGCCCCCUUCAGGCACAUCUGCCGGCUCUGCUACCGCGUUCUGCGCCACUCCCAGCAGGACUACCGCAAGAACCAGGAGUACAUCGCCAAGCAGUUCCGCUUCAUGCAGAAGCAGAUCGGCUACGACGUGCUGGCCGAGGACACCAUCACGGCCCUGCUGCACAACAACCGCAAGCUGCUGGAGAAACACAUCACCGCCGCCGAGAUCGACACCUUCGUCACCCUGGUGCGGAAGAACCAGGAGCCCAGGUUCCUGGACUACUUGUCGGAUCUGUGUGUGUCCAUGAACAAGUCCAUCCCUGUGACCCAGGAGCUGAUCUGCAACGCCGUGCUGGACCCGGCCAACGCAGACAUCCUCAUAGAGACCAAGUUGGUCCUGUCCAGGUUUGAGAUCGAGCCAGCCGCCAUCGGAGAGAGCCCCUCCCUGGAGGCAGAGGACGAGGAGGAGGUGUGGCUCUUCUGGAAGGACCCCUCUAAGGAGGUGCGCAGUAAGAGCAUCAGGGAGCUGGCCCAGGACGCCAAGGAGGGGCAGAAGGAGGACCAGGAGGUGGUCAGCUACUACAGGUACCAGCUGAACCUGUUUGCUAGAAUGUGUCUGGACCGCCAGUACCUGGCCAUCAACAAGAUCUCGGGCCAGCUGGACGUGGACCUGAUCCUGCGCUGCAUGUCCGACGAAGACCUGCCCUUUGACCUGCGCGCCUCCUUCUGCCGCAUGAUGCUGCACAUGCACGUGGACCGCGACCCCCAGGAGCAGGUCACGCCCGUCAAGUACGCCCGCCUCUGGUCUGAGAUCCCCUCCAAGAUCGCCAUCGACGACUACGACAACGACGGGACGACCAGGGAUGAGAUCAAGGAGCGCUUUUGUCUCACCAUGGAGUUUGUGGAGAACUACCUGAGGGAGGUGGUGUCCCAGAACAUCCCCUUCAACGACAGGGAGAAAAACAAGCUCACCUUUGAGGUGGUGAACCUGGCGAGAAACCUCAUCUACUUUGGGUUCUACAACUUCCGAGACCUGCUGCGUCUGACCAAGAUCCUGCUGAACAUCCUGGACUGUGUCCACGUCAGCACCAUCUACCCCAUCACCAAGCUGGAGAAGGAAGAGGAGGAGACCAAAGCAGGCAGCAACGUGAUGAAGUCCAUCCACGGCGUGGGGGAGCUGAUGACCCAGGUGGUGCUGCGUGGCGGGGGCUUCCUGCCCACCACGCCCACCCACCAGCCGGAGGGAGACGUGGUCAAGGCUCAGAUCGAGCCCGAGAGGGAGGACAUCAUGGUGAUGGACACCAAGCUGAAGAUCAUCGAGAUCCUACAGUUUAUCCUGAAUGUGCGACUGGACUACAGGAUCUCGUGCCUGCUGUGUAUUUUCAAGCGUGAGUUUGACGAGAGCAACCCCCAGGGAGACAACAGCACCAGCCAGGAUGGGGUCAACCCCCUGACAGGUAAUCUGGACUUUGAGAACAUUGAAGAACAGGCUGAAGGGAUCUUUGGUGGAAGUGAGGAGAACACCCCCCUAGACCUGGACGACCACGGGGGCCGCACCUUCCUCAGGGUGCUGCUCCACCUCACCAUGCACGACUACCCCCCGCUGGUGUCCGGCGCGCUCCACCUCCUCUUCAGACACUUCAGCCAGAGGCAGGAGGUGCUCAUGGCCUUCAAACAGGUCCAGCUGCUGGUGACCAGCCAAGACGUGGACAACUACAAGCAGAUCAAGUCGGACCUGGACCAGCUGCGCUCCAUCGUGGAGAAGUCUGAACUCUGGGUCUACAAGAGGCAGGGGGAGGACGGGAACGAUGGGGACGGGCCUGCAGAGUCCGACCACAAGAAAAAGGGAGACUCAAGUGGAUCAGACAAAAAGAAGUCGGAGAGCGCCAGCUGUUACAACUACAGAGUCGUCAAGGAGAUCCUGCUGCGCCUCAGUAAGCUGUGUAUCCAGGAGGGGGCAUCGGGGAAGAAGACCAGGAAGCAGCAGCAGAGGUUACUGAGGAACAUGGGGGCUCACAGCGUGGUACUGGAGCUCCUGCAGAUCCCCUAUGAGAAGGGUGAGGAUGUGCGCAUGGAGGAGAUCAUGAAGCUGGCUCAUGAGUUCCUGCAGAACUUUUGUGCGGGGAACCAGCAGAACCAGAUUCUCCUUCACAAACACAUCAACCUGUUCCUCAACCCCGGGAUCCUGGAGGCGGUGACCAUGCAGCACAUCUUCAUGAAUAACUUCCAGCUGUGCAGCGAGAUCAACGAGCGCGUGGUGCAGCACUUUGUCCACUGCACCGAGACGCACGGCCGCAACGUGCAGUACCUCAAGUUCCUGCAGACCAUCGUCAAGGCGGAGAACAAGUUCAUCAAGAAGUGCCAGGAUAUCGUGAUGGCCGAGCUGGUGAACUCGGGAGAGGACGUGCUGGUCUUCUACAACGACCGCGCCUCCUUCCAGACGCUGGUGCAGAUGAUGCGCUCGGAGCGCGGCCGCAUGGACGAGAACAGCGCGCUGAUGUACCACAUCCACCUGGUGGAGCUGCUGGCCGUCUGCACCGAGGGCAAGAACGUCUACACCGAGAUCAAGUGCAACUCCCUGCUGCCGCUGGACGACAUCGUCCGCGUGGUCACCCACGAGGACUGCAUCCCCGAGAUUAAAGUUGCCUACAUCAACUUCCUCAACCAUUGCUACGUGGACACAGAGGUGGAGAUGAAGGAGAUCUACACCUCCAACCACAUGUGGAAGCUCUUCGAGAACUUCCUGGUGGAUAUCUGCAGGGUGUGCAACAACACCACGGACAGGAAGCACGCGGACACCAUGCUGGAGGGUUACGUCACCGAGACGGUCAUGAGCAUCGUCACGUGUUUCUUCAGCUCGCCCUUCUCCGACCAGAGCACCAGUCUGCAGAUGGCUCAUCAUUUGUAUACCCGUCAGCCAGUGUUUGUCCAGCUGCUACAGGGGGUCUUCAGGGUGUUCCACUGCAACUGGCUCAACCCUGUCCAGAAGGCCUCCGUGGAGGCCUGCAUUAAGGUGCUCUCGGACGUGGCGAAGAGCCGAGCCAUCGCCAUCCCAGUAGACCUGGACAGCCAGGUGAACAACCUGUUUGUCAAAUCCAACAACGUGGUGCAGAAGAGCAUCCUGAACUGGAGGCUGUCGGCCAAGAACACCAGCCGGAAAGACUCAGACCUGCCCUCCUCCAAGGAUUACCGCAAUAUCAUCGAGAGGCUGCAGGACAUAGUGUCGGCCCUGGAGGACCGCCUGAGGCCUCUGGUGCAGGCGGAGCUGUCAGUGCUGGUGGAUGUCCUUCACCGGCCCGAGCUGCUCUUCCCUGAGAACACAGAGGCCCGCAAGAAGUGUGAGAGUGGAGGAUUCAUCUCAAAGCUGAUCAAGCACACCAAGCAGCUGCUGGAGGAGAACGAGGAGCGUUUGUGCAUCAAAGUCCUGCAGACCCUCCGGGAGAUGAUGACCAAGGACCGGGGUUACGGGGAGAAGCUGAUUGCCUUUGAUGAUGAAAUGGAUGUGGCGGAGCUGGCACCUCCGCCGGAACCUGAGGUUCCCAUCGAGGACCUCGACCCCAGCCAGCCGCAGAAACAACUCGAGGAUCAGACGAGGGGCGAGGCCCUACGGCAGAUCCUGGUCAACAGAUACUAUGGGAAUCUCAAGCCCAGCGGGAGGAGAGACAGCGUCACAACCUUCUCCCCCAGCCCCCUGAGUCCUACAGCGCAAGGAAAGCCCACUACAGUGGUGAGCUCCGGGGUCGGAGGUCGUGCAGAGCUGAGUCUGGCGGAGGUCCAGUGUCAUCUGGACAGGGAGGGCGCCUCAGACCUGGUCAUCGACCUCAUCAUGAACGCCACCAGCGACCGCAUCUUCCAGGAGAGCAUCCUAUUGGCCAUCGCCCUGCUGGAGGGUGGCAACACCGUCAUACAGAGAUCCUUCUUUGCACGGCUGACGGGCGAUAACAAGUCUGAGAAGUUCUUCAAGGUGUUCUACGAGCGCAUGAAGCUGGCCCAGCAGGAGAUCAAGGCCACGGUGACGGUGAACACCAGCGACCUGGGCAGCAAGAAGAAGGAGGAGGAGCCGCCCGACAAGGACGCCGUAGCACGCAAGAAAGCUAAAGACGCUCCGGGGCUGGUUGCUGCGGCGGCGACAGUGCCGGCGACCACGGUGGUGGUGGUGGCGGUGGCGAGCGAGGACAUCAAGGAGCAGCUGGUGGAGGCCACACUGACCACCAAGAAGGCCUUCACCACGUACCGGCGCGAGGCGGAGGCGGAGGAGCAGCAGGCGGCGGCGGAGGGCGCGGCGGCGGCGGCGGCGCCGGCCGGCGACAAGGGCCAGGAGGAGGGCGAGAUGAGCGUCAUCAUCACCAUCAUGCAGCCCAUCCUGCGCCUCAUGCAGCUGCUCUGCGAGAACCACAACCGGGAGCUGCAGAAUUUCCUCCGCAACCAGAACAACAAGAACAACUACAACCUGGUGUGCGAGACGCUGCAGUUCCUGGACUGCAUCUGCGGCAGCACCACGGGGGGGCUGGGCCUGCUGGGCCUCUACAUCAACGAGAAGAACGUGGGCCUCAUCAACCAGACGCUGGAGAGCCUCACCGAGUACUGCCAGGGCCCCUGCCACGAGAACCAGAACUGCAUCGCCACCCACGAAUGCAACGGCAUCGACAUCAUCAUCGCCCUCAUCCUCAACGACAUCAACCCGCUGGGCAAGAAGAGGAUGGACCUGGUCCUGGAGCUGAAGAACAACGCCUCCAAGCUGCUCCUGGCCAUCAUGGAGAGCCGCCACGACAGUGAGAACGCCGAGAGGAUCCUCUACAACAUGAGGCCCAAAGAGCUGGUGGAGGUGAUCAAGAAGGCCUACAUGCAGGGGGAGAUCGAGGUACUCCCUGAGGAGGGGGAGGAGGGGGAGGACGAGCACUCGGCGUCCCCGCGCAACGUGGGCCACAACAUCUACAUCCUGGCGCAUCAAUUGGCUCGCCACAACAAGGAGCUCCAGGCUAUGCUGAAACCCGGGGGCACCUACGGGGAGGGGGAUGAGGCCCUGGAGUUCUACGCCAAGCACACGGCGCAGAUCGAGAUCGUGCGGCUGGACCGCACCAUGGAGCAGAUAGUGUUCCCCGUGCCCAACAUCUGUGAAUUCCUGACGACGGAGUCCAAGCUGCGUGUGUACUACACCACCGAGCGCGACGAGCAGGGUAGUAAGAUUAAUGACUUCUUCCUGCGCUCGGAGGACCUCUUCAACGAGAUGAACUGGCAGAAGAAGCUGCGGGGUACUCAGGAGGUUGCUGGCGACGACAACACGGUCCCCUCCCAGCCCAUCCUGUACUGGUGCUCCAGGAACAUGUCCUUCUGGAGCAGCAUCUCCUUCAACCUGGCGGUGCUCAUGAACCUGCUGGUGGCCUUCUUCUACCCCCUGGAGGGCAUCCGCCGAGGUACCCUUGACCCCCACCUCUCUGCCCUGCUGUGGACGGCCAUGCUGGUUUCCCUGGCCAUUGUCAUCAUCCUGCCCCAGCCUCACGGCAUCCGGGCCUUCAUAGCCUCCACCAUCCUCAGGCUCAUCUUCUCCGUGGGCCUGGAGCCCACGCUGUACCUCCUGGGAGCCUUCAAUGUCUGCAACAAGGUGAUCUUCCUGAUGAGCUUCGUGGGGAACCGGGGCACCUUCACGCGGGGCUACAAGGCCAUGAUCAUGGACGUGGAGUUCCUCUACCACCUGCUCUACCUCAUCAUAUGCAGCCUCGGGGUCUUCGUGCACGUCUUCUUCUACAGCCUGCUGCUCUUUGACCUGGUCUACCGGGAAGAGACCCUGCUCAAUGUCAUCAAGAGCGUGACCCGCAACGGGCGAUCCAUCGUCCUCACGGCCGUGCUGGCCCUCAUCCUCGUCUACCUCUUCUCGAUCGUGGGAUACAUCUUCUUCAAGGACGACUUCAUCCUUGCCGUGGACAGAAUACCCAACAAGACCCUCGAGCACGGGGCCAGCAUGGUGGGGGAGCUCUUCUCCGGGGGAGCUUGUCUGAAGGAAAACGGAGAGAACUGCUCAGCCGAAGCCUCGGUGGAUGCAGCUGUUGUGGCGCCGCAGCCCUCGCCGCUGGUGAUCGAGGAUAAGGAGCGGGUGUGCGACUCGCUCAUCAUGUGCAUCGUCACCGUCCUGAGUCACGGCCUGAGGAGCGGCGGCGGCGUGGGGGACGUCCUGAGGAAGCCGUCCAAGGAGGAGCCUCUGUUCGCGGCCCGGGUCAUCUACGACCUGCUGUUCUUCUUCAUGGUCAUCAUCAUCGUCCUCAACCUCAUCUUCGGUGUCAUCAUCGACACCUUCGCUGACCUGAGGAGCGAGAAGCAGAAGAAGGAGGAGGUGCUGAAGACCACGUGUUUUAUUUGUGGUCUGGAGCGCGACAAGUUUGACAACAAGACAGUGACGUUUGAGGAGCACAUCAAGGUGGAGCACAACAUGUGGCACUACCUGUUCUUCAUCGUGCUGGUGAAGGUCAAGGACUCCACCGAGUACACCGGCCCCGAGAGCUACGUGGCGGAGAUGAUCAGGGACCACAACCUUGACUGGUUUCCCAGAAUGAGAGCCAUGUCUCUGGUGAGCAGCGAUGCGGAUGGUGAGCAGAAUGAAAUCCGAAAUCUACAGGAGAAGCUGGAGUCCACUAUGAAGCUGGUGACCAACCUCUCGGGCCAAUUGACAGAGCUCAAAGAACAGAUGACAGAGCAACGGAAGCAAAAGCAGCGCAUCGGCCUAUUGGGCCAUCCGCAGCACAUGAAUGCCAACCCCCAGCAGCCCGCGUAGCGACCACUUGACCCAACACGACCACCCAGUGAGGGGGCGACUGCCGAUGGACUGCCGAGCCUCUGCUCUGGGUGUCUGUGCGGUGUGAUCCGCAUAGCUACAGCUUAUAAUGGUAUGAAACGUUUUAGAGAAACACAAGUAGGUUAGUGACGGUAUCAUGUCUUAUAAUGUCUAGCACGUGCUCGUGGUGACUCCAUCCAGUACGACUCAGUAAGCCUAAUGUAUGUGGCCCUACGAGGGCCCGCGGUGCCAAGUGCUGUUCUAUGUAGAGACGAAUGGGAUUUUUGUUCGAUACAUGGCCUUUACUGAAUGAACUUGAACGACGGAGAAGCCGAAUGGACUGGAAAGUUACACGAAAAGUUCCAUUUCAAGCUUUUUUUUCAAACGGUUUAAGCAGUAUUUAUUAACUUUUCUUCUUUGUCUUUUGGUGCAAUACUCAAUCUUAUGCAACCUUCAUAUAUGUGGACUUGAGUCUUGAAUUGUUUUGUAAGGGUUGAGAGCUUGCACUCUUCUGUCGUGUCAUGUUUGUCUCAAAUAGCCCUCGGUAGGAGAUAUGUUGAAUUAAAUCCUAAUAUAGAAGUGAUAAUAAUAAUAUAUAAUUAUAUGCCAGCCCAAUUUUUAUUAUUUUUUAUUUCAAUUACAUUUAUUUAAUUUCUUUGCUGUGUAUAUUGCAAACAAUUCAAAGGCACUCAAGAUAGUUUACUGUGUCAUAUAUAUAUAUAUGAAAAAAACCAUAUAUAUAUAUAGAUAUAUAUAUAUUUUUUUUUUUUAUAUAUCUAUACCUUUGUUUGUCCAAUGCUGUCUUAUCUGAAAGCUUGUUUUAUGAUGAUCUUAUAUAUUUAUGUGUGUCAGUGCUGCUAAUACAUUAUGCUCAGGAGUUUACAGCUAAUAAUGAAUCAUUAGAAUAUGACCAAAAUGCGUCUCACAUUUUUUGUAUGUGCCUUUUUAUUAUUUUUCCCAUAACAGUGGAAAUGUAGUUUAUCUUGCAUAGAUGCAAAGUCUUAAUUAUCAAAAACUAUGUAUUUAAUAUGUUUUUGUUUAUUUAUUAGUUUAUUUAUUAAUUUACGGAAUUGCUUUAUGAGUGGGGCAGUAUUUUUGUAAGUGUACAUACAACCAUUGCUUAUACCAUUGCUUUUGUAAGUAGUACAUUUCCAGGAGAAUAAAAAAUGGAAAUAAAUGCAAAAAAAGCCACAAUAUUUCCAUUCUAAGCAGUGUCAAUUUGUACAUUAAAGUAGAAGUAUUUAUUUAAUUGUA